AUGAGUUCAUCUUCUCCUAAUCUUCAAAAAGUUGGACAAUGUCUUACACAAGCCAAGAUUGUUUUAAUUGAACUUGGUGCCUAUGUUCCUGUUGCUGGAAAGACAGAUCCUAAAGUGUUAGUUACUGCUCGUGAAAUUCUUGAAAUAGGUGCUUAUUAUAGUGUUCGCAACAAAGACAUUGGCUCAUUUGAAAGAUAUAUUUCACAACUUAAUACAUACUAUCAUGACCUUGCAUCUGUUCUUCCUCCUUCAGAGCAAAUGUAUCCACUUAUUGGACUUAAUUUACUUCGAUUACUAUCACAAAAUAGAUUAUCUGAUUUUCAUACAGUACUUGAAACAAUUGAUCUCGAUCAAUUACAUUCUAAUCAAUUUAUUAAACAAGCCGUAGAUUUAGAACAAUUUUUAAUGGAAGGCAGCUAUAAUAAAGUUUGGAGUACAAGAAGUACUGUUCAAGGUGAAGAGUUUAUGUUUUUCUAUGAUAUUUUGAUUAGUACUAUCAGACAUGAGAUUGCUAGUUGUAGUGAAAGAGCUUAUGAAUAUCUUCCUUUGAAUGAUGCUAGUACUUUAUUGUUCUUGAGAAAUACAGAAGAAUUAUUAAAUUUUGCAAAUGAGCGUGGUUGGAAGGUGAAUCCUGUUGAACAAAAAGUUUACUUUGCUACUGAAGAUGACAAUGUAGUUGAAAUUCCUCAAGAACAAAUCAUCACACGUACAUUAUGUUAUGCUAGAGAACUUGAACUCAUUAUGGCUGCAAUACUCUUAUUUAUGAUGGUCUUUUUUGUCAUUAUGUUUUCAGAUUUAGAAUGCGAUUAUAUCAAUCCUAUUGACUUGUGUAAUAAAUUAAAUCAGUAUGUUUUACCUGAAAUGGGAGCACAUGCGUUUUUGUUUGCUUUAUUUCUCGUGAAUGGAAGUUGGAUAGCUUUACUCUUAAACUUACCUUUGGCUGUUUACAACGUUAGAAAAGUUAUGAAUGGACGCCAUAUGUAUGAUGCUACCGAAAUAUUCCGUACUUUAUCACAACAUAAAAAAGAAUGCUUUUUUAAGCUUGGAUUCUAUUUAAUUUGUUUCUUUUAUUAUCUGUAUCGUAUGAUUGUUGCUUUAAUUGCUGCUGAUUUAUAA